CUCUUUCUCGCGUGUAACGAGUAACUUCGGUUGGCAACCAUUUCCAACAAUGGCUGCGCCCUUCGAGUAGUUGCGGUACGCAAAGAUUACCGAUGUAAACGUUACUCUUCACAAGGCGAAACCAACGAAAUCCCGUCAUGAAUGCGCUUUGUUCCCGCCGAUACGUUGCAUGCCUUCUUCAGCAGUGCAGGACAUUGACAACUAUGAAGACUUCGUCACUAUUUAUUCGCGGCAAAGAUGCUAGGGACCGGCGUGCACUAGUGCUUCCUCACUUAGAAAUCGACAAGAUAUUAGGUGAUAUUCCAGCAAUCGAGCGAACACUGCGUGCGCGAAAUAUAGAGCUGGACGUUUCGCAAGUAAGUACAAAGCUUCCAUCGUUACGAAUUGUGAAAAACGAAUUAAAACGCGUCCAGCUAUCGAUGCUGGAGCUGGCACGAAAGUUGGACGCAGGGGGAGCAGGGCAGGCCGAAGAUAAAGCGAAAACAGACGCAGAAACGAAGUCACAGUUGGAGACUUACUACAAGACAGAGCGAGAAGUAAAACAGUCAUUGUAUGCCAAAGAGGAAGAGAUCGUGCCGGUCCUUUUGAAGAUCCCAAACUUCAUUCGGACACCCAGUGAAAAGAUUCUAGCCCUUUGCAAAGAAUACGGGACGAAGCCACAAUUAGAUUUUGAACCGGCUCCCCACAUGGACAUUGGCUCCAAGGACUUUAUUUGGAGAAGCCAUCCUAGACUAUGCUAUUUAAAAAACAAGCCUGCUCUGUUGGAAUUGGGCAUUGCAAAAUACUUCUGUACCAAACUACAAAAUGCCGGCAUUGUGCCGCUAAGCGGCCCCGACAUAGUCGUGGACACAGUAGUUGAGGGCUGUGGGCUCAAUCCGAACAACUUGGACUACACCAUUGCGAUGGAAAGCAAGCUUCACAGCGGCGGGCACCAUUUUCAUUUAGUCGGGGCAUCGGCACUGGAAUCCUUUGCGGCGUACUUCACGAGGAGGCUGGUGAAGGACUUGCCCCUGAAACAUUACGCUCUCGGCCGUCUCUACGUCCCGGAAAGCAAUGCACUACUACCGGGACUGCUGUCAUUAACACAAUCGUCAAGGAUAACUUAUUUUUGUGCUUGCGAGAACGAUGCAAUGCACGCACUAGAAGAAAUGUUGCUAAAUGUCAAGCUUUGGUACGAAGAACUAGAAAUUCCAUUCAAGCUGACCCUGGUCGAGCCACCGGAUCUAGAUUUCAUCGACAGCAUGGAAGUGUCUAUCGACGUGUGGUCCCCAUCUCUCAACGUGUACGUUCCCUGUGGUUUCCUAUCGCUUCAGGACGACUUUGUCAGCAGACGUCUGAUCAUAGCACACGGCGACAAACGAGAUGACAGUGAUUUUGUGCAUACUUUAUUUGGUAGCCUCGUAAACAUUCACAGCCUCGUGGCGUGCAUAAUGGAAAAUAGGCAGAACAAGGACAAAACUUUCAUUAUUCCAGAGUCUCUCAAGUUCUGUUAGCAGUAUUUGGUGCUAAUAGUGAGAAGCGCCUAGUUGAAACAUGUUAAUAAAACAAUAAAAUUCUAAAAUUUGA